CGCGGGUGGCGCCGCUGCAGUUGCCCGGAGGGGCCAGAGGGGGCGGCAGCAACGCAGCGCCGUCCCCUCCCGACGACCCUCAUCCGGCGCCGCUCUUGCCGCUUGGCUCGUCGUCACCUUCGCCUGAACCGGCGGUCAUGGCCGCGCUCUGCCGGCAGCUCAGGACGUGUCGCCCUCGGUUCGCUGGCAGGCCAUUGUCCCGUGGUCACCGGACGACUCCAGCAGAUGACGAGCUGUACCAGCGGACCACAGUCAGUGCCCUGGAGCGGGAGUCCCGGGACUCACUCUUCAUCGACUCGUACAGCCAGCAGGGCUUCACUAUCGGUGGCAACCGGGUACUGGGCCCCUGUGCCCUGAUCCCACGCGCCCUCCUGCACUGGGAUGUUCAGAGCUACAAAGACAUCAGUGCAGACAGUCUGGCCUUGUUCUACUUACUGGAACCCAAAAUAGAGAUUCUGGUGCUGGGUUUGGGAGAGAGUGUCCAGAGGCUGGAUCCUGAGGUACGGGCGUUCAUGAAAACCAAGGGGGUUGCUCUGGAGAUACUGGACACGCCAAAUGCCUGUGCCACCUUUAACUUCCUGCUGAGUGAACGACCGCACGUAGCAGCCGCCUUGAUUCCUCCAAAAAACAUCCCCACCGACAAGUAACAGGAGCCACAACAAAACCACCAGUGGGUGGUAUAGAAUAAACUGUGUGAAGAUCACAGGAGGAAUUCUCAUGUCAUCCCUAUACCGUGUGAGAUUAAUGGGAGGAGACGCUGGCAUCUCCCAGUAACUACAGCUCGUUACAACCGCAGGGAUGCAGGCAGCUGUUGGGGAAUGGAGCAAACCAUUCGUGCUCCUGCCUUUAUCCUCAGUCACAGCUCCCGUUCAGCCACCGCUGGGCAGGAAGGGAAAUGGUGCAUGCUGUUGGGAAUUGGUGGUAAAUAAAGACACCUGGAAACAUUUGAAA